AUGAACCCACCCCAACAAACAAUUGACCUUGCAACAUUGGAGCAAUACCUGGACGAUGACUCCUAUAACUCAUACGACUCGGAUGACGAUGGUUCCUCCUACUAUUCCUCAGAUGAAGAAUCCGUGGACGGAGUUGCAGACCCCAUCCUUGACACUUUCAAAGAGAAACUAAUGGUCCAUGACUUGAAACGAAAGGCCAGAGCUCGUCGUCUGAAGCGAAAGGCAGCCAAAAAGGCAGCCGCUGAGGCCAAGGAAUCAAACGCCGAACAGUGUGAGGGUCCACGAACAGAAGAAGAAGCUUCAGAAUCGGAAGAUUCUUAUGUUGUUAGUGACGAUGACUCCAUUCAUACACACCUUACAAACCUGAAACGAAACAACUCCAGUGCCAAUUCACUUAUCAAGGAAGACUCACUUGAAAUCGAAGAUGACGGAGAUUUUGAUGAUUUUGGAGAUGAUGAAGAAGACGACGAGGUGGAAGUGGAGUUGGAAAUGGAACUUCCUCUAGAGCUUACGGAACAAGUGGCUCGGACGUGUAUCAAAGCAUGA